AUGUUGUUCUCAACAGCUGAGAGCACAGUGAUCUUAGCCAUCGACACAUUGAUCAUCCAUGCAAAUCAAGACUCCUCAAGUGUUCAAGAGAUGGCAGAAGCCGGUGCACUAGACGCAUUACUAGAUCUACUAAGAUCACACCACUGCGAAGAACUCUCCGCAAGAUUACUCGAAUUAAUACUACGCAAUCCAAAAGUUAGAGAGACAAAGAUAUGCCAGUUUGUACUAACCCCUUUAUCUGAGUACAUACUAGGCCUAGACACAGUAUCAGAAUCCGCAAAAAUUCUCAUAGCAAUGGCUCUAGGUGACAUCUCUCAACACGAAGGACUCGCUAAAGCCACAGACUCGCCCGUGGCAUGUCGUGCGUUAAUCAGCUUGCUCGAGGAGGAACCGAGCGAGGAAAUGCAAAUGGUUGUGAUACGUGCUUUGGGAAACUUCGCAAUGCAUAGUAGAACAAGUCGUAAAGCUAUGGCUGAAGCUGGUGGAGUAUAUUUAGUUCAAGAAAUGCUAAAAUCUUGUAAUCCACAAGUUUCUACACAAGCAGCUCUAAUUAUCAAAUCUCUCUUCUCUAAUCAUACACUUCAAGAAUACGUCUCCGGCGAAAUCAUCAAAUCUCUAACAAGUAAGUUCCGAUUCCGAAUUCAAAAUUUAUGA